AGAGCGCCAAGGAGAUUCUGGUAGUUGAAGAUCAGUAGAAUGGAGCGGAGGAGGGGAGAACGCCAUAUAGCGUCGCGACGCCCGGCAUCUGACUUAGUCUCGACUCCACUCGGGCAGCACCGUUAACAAACUCAACUCGCACUCUCUAUCCACAAAUCUCGGAAUCUCGAGCCGCACAUACGUGUACCAACACUAAACAACACCACCGACACCACCAAGAAACUCAGCAACAUGCCGGCCCGCAACAAGGAACAAGAGCAGGAGGUCCUCGAAUGGAUCGAGCAGGUUUUGGGAGAAAAAUUGCCUGCUGGCAACUACGAAGACAUCCUUAAGGAUGGCGUCGUCCUCUGCCAGCUCAUCAACAAAAUUGCCCCAGGUUCGGUCAAGAAAAUCCAGACCAAGGGAACCAACUUCCAGCUUAUGGAAAACGUUCAGAGAUUCCAAGCCGCUAUCAAGAAAUACGGCGUCCCGGAAGAAGAAAUUUUCCAGACCGCUGACUUGUUCGAGAGAAGGAACGUCCCACAAGUCACCCUUUGCCUGUACUCGUUAGGCAGAAUUACACAAAAGCACCCUGAAUACACGGGACCGAGGCUAGGACCGAAGAUGGCUGAUGAAAACAAGAGGACCUUCUCAGAGGAUCAGCUCCGUGCCAGUGAGGGACACUUGAACCUGCAAAUGGGUUUCAACAAAGGUGCCAGUCAGUCUGGUCACGGAGGUUUCGGCAACACGAGACACAUGUAAAUUUUGUACUAAACGCUACUUGUAUAUUGUAUAUUUAGAGACUAAAUUUUUAUGUAUCUGUUGAUGGCGAUAAUUUUCAUAUGCAUCUUACACACUAUACUGACACUAUCGACACGCGAACGAAUUAAUGUUAACACUUUCUUUUAAAUAUAUCAUACAUGAUCAUGUAUACAUUAAUUUCGACCUUACACAACUUUUUACGCGCGCGUAUAAGCUUAUUGUUGUUAAUCAUAUAAUAAACAAACAGUAUUUGUAAAAUUU